AUGCCGUCCUCGCUGCUGGGCGCCGCGACGCCGGCCUCCGCGUCGGCCUCCGCCUUGCAGGAGGCGCUGGAGAACGCGGGGCGGCUCAUCGACCGCCAGCUGCAGGAGGACCGCAUGUACCCGGACCUGUCCGAGCUGCUCCUAGUGUCUGCCCCGAAUAGUCCCACUGUUUCUGGCAUGUCGGAUAUGGAUUAUCCUCUACAAGGACCUGGUUUGCUGUCGGUACCCAACCUUCCAGAGAUCAGUUCCAUCCGCAGAGUUCCGCUCCCACCUGAACUUGUUGAACAGUUUGGACAUAUGCAGUGUAACUGCAUGAUGGGUGUGUUUCCUCCUAUCAGCAGAGCUUGGCUCACAAUUGACAGUGACAUAUUCAUGUGGAACUAUGAAGAUGGAGGAGACCUUGCCUAUUUUGAUGGACUUAGUGAAACUAUUCUUGCUGUGGGGCUUGUGAAACCAAAAGCUGGCAUCUUUCAGCCUCACAUACGACACCUCCUGGUUUUGGCAACCCCUGUGGACAUAGUGAUUCUUGGACUCAGCUAUGCUAAUUUGCAAACAGGUUCUGGAGUUCUUAACGACAGUAUGUGCGGUGGAAUGCAGUUGCUUCCAGAUCCUUUGUAUUCUCUUCCCACUGAUAACACUUACCUUUUAACAAUAACAUCCACUGAUAACGGCAGAAUUUUCUUGGCUGGAAAGGAUGGCUGUUUAUAUGAAGUAGCAUACCAGGCAGAAGCAGGUUGGUUUAGCCAAAGAUGUAGGAAAAUCAACCACUCAAAGAGCUCACUUUCUUUUCUUGUUCCUUCAUUGCUACAAUUCACAUUCUCAGAAGAUGAUCCGAUUGUUCAAAUUGAAAUUGAUAAUUCUAGAAACAUUUUAUAUACACGAUCUGAGAAAGGAGUAAUACAGGUUUAUGAUUUGGGCAGCGAUGGACAAGGCAUGAGCAGAGUUGCUUCAGUGUCGCAGAACUCUAUCGUCUCCGCUGCUGGAAACAUUGCGAGGACAAUAGAUCGUUCUGUUUUUAAACCAAUUGUUCAAAUAGCAGUGAUUGAAAACUCUGAGUCACUGGACUGUCAGUUAUUGGCUGUCACACAUGCCGGUGUAAGGCUAUAUUUCAGCACCUGCCCAUUCCGACAGCCGCUGGCACGGCCUAAUACAUUGACACUGGUUCAUGUCCGCUUACCCCCUGGGUUCUCAGCAUCGUCCACGGUGGAAAAACCUUCAAAAGUACACAAAGCUCUCUAUAGCAAAGGAAUCCUAUUGAUGGCAGCCUCAGAAAAUGAAGAUAAUGACAUUUUGUGGUGUGUCAACCAUGAUACAUUUCCUUUCCAAAAGCCAAUGAUGGAAACCCAGAUGACGACCCGUGUCGAUGGUCAUUCCUGGGCUCUUUCUGCAAUAGAUGAAUUGAAAGUUGAUAAGAUAAUUACACCUUUAAAUAAGGAUCAUAUUCCAAUAACUGACUCACCGGUUGUUGUGCAGCAGCAUAUGUUGCCUCCAAAGAAGUUUGUUCUCCUCUCAGCACAGGGGAGUCUUAUGUUUCAUAAACUUAGACCAGUAGAUCAACUGAGGCAUCUACUUGUGAGUAAUGUGGGUGGAGAUGGAGAAGAGAUUGAAAGAUUCUUUAAGUUACAUCAGGAGGACCAGGCUUGUGCCACUUGCCUUAUCCUGGCUUGUUCCACCGCCGCCUGUGACAGAGAGGUGUCGGCGUGGGCUGCGCGGGCUUUCUUCAGGUAUGGCGGGGAAGCGCAAAUGAGAUUUCCAGCCACUCUCCCCACCCCGAGCAAUGUUGGUCCCAUCUUGGGCUCUCCGGUCUAUGCCAGCUCUCCUUUUCCUGGUGGCGCUCAGUGUCCAAACCCGUCCUUUCUGGGAACACCAGCCCAAGGCGUCCACCCUCCCGUCAUGUCUACGCCAGCUUCCGGGCACCCAGCCAUUCAGGCCCCAACUAUGAGCUGCAUGGCUGGGCCAGAGCUUGUGUGCUCCGGAAAGCACAAUGGCAUAUACAUUUACUUUUCCCGCAUCAUGGGAAAUAUCUGGGAUGCUAGUUUAGUUGUGGAAAGAGUGUUCAAGAGUGGCAACAGAGAGAUCACUGCAAUUGAAAGUAGUGUUCCCUCCCAGAUGCUGGAGUCGGUACUGCUGGAACUAAAAGGCUUGCAAGAAUUUCUAGACAGAAACUCCCAGUUUUCAGGAGGACCACUAGGAAAUCCAAACACUACGGCCAAAGUGCCGCAGCGGCUGCUGGGAUUCAUGCGUCCGGAGAACGGGAACACCCAGCAGAUGCAGCAGGAGCUGCAGAGGAAGUUUCACGAGGCUCAAGUGAGUGAAAAGAUUUCACUUCAGGCGAUCCAGCAAUUGGUCCGAAAAUCAUACCAAGCUCUGGCUUUGUGGAAACUUCUUUGUGAACACCAGUUCACAGUCAUUGUAGGUGAACUUCAGAAGGAAUUUCAGGAGCAGCUGAAAAUCACCACCUUUAAAGACCUGGUGCUCCGGGACAAAGAGCUGACCGGGGCUUUAAUUGCUUCUCUGAUCAACUGCUAUAUCAGAGACAACGCCGCCGUGGACGGCAUCAGCUCGCACCUGCAGGACAUCUGCCCGCUUCUGUACAGCACUGACGACGCAGUCUGUUCUAAGGCAAACGAGCUUCUCCAGCAUUCCCGACAAGUUCAAAAUAAGAUUGAGAAAGAAAGGAUGUUAAGGGAGUCACUGAAAGAGUACCAGAAAAUCAGCAAUCAAGUGGACCUUCCUAACGUCUGUGCUCAGUACAGACAAGUGCGUUUCUACGAGGGCGUGGUGGAGCUGUCCCUCGCCGCCGCUGAGAAGAAGGACCUGCAGGGCCUGGGGCUGCACUUCUACAAGCACGGCGAGCCCGAGGAGGACCUGCUGGGGCUGCAGGCCUUCCAGGAAAGAUUAAACAGUUACAAGUGCAUCACCGAUACCCUGCAGGAGCUGGCGAACCAGAGCAAGGCUGCCCCCCAGUCCCCCAGCGUGCCCAAGAAGCCGGGGCCCCCGGUGCUGUCCUCUGACCCCAACAUGCUGAGCAACGAAGAAGCCGGACGCCACUUUGAACAGAUGCUUAAGUUGUGUCAGCGAUCCAAAGAUGAGCUCUUUAGCAUUGCCCUUUAUAAUUGGCUAAUCCAAGCUGACCUUGCAGAUAAACUGCUACAGUUCACGUCCCCGUUUCUGGAGCCACAUCUAUCCCGGAUGGCCAAGGUUGAUCAAAACAAAGUUCGUUACAUGGACUUGCUCUGGAGGUACUACGAGAAGAACAGGAGUUUCGGCAGUGCUGCUCGCGUGCUGUCCAAGCUGGCUGACAUGCACAGCACAGAAAUUUCACUUCAACAGCGACUAGAGUACAUUGCUCGAGCCAUUCUUAGUGCCAAAAGCUCCACUGCCAUCUCCUCCUCAGCUGCCGAUGGGGAAUUCCUUCAUGAGAUGGAAGAAAAAAUGGAAGUUGCUAGGAUCCAACUCCAGAUACAAGACACGCUACAGAGGCAGUACUCCCAUCAUUCUUCUGUUCAGGAUGCAAUUUCCCAGCUGGAUUCUGAGCUAAUGGACAUAACUAAGCUUUAUGGGGAAUUUGCUGACCCGUUUAAACUUGCAGAGUGCAAACUUGCAAUAAUUCAUUGUGCCGGUUAUUCAGACCCUAUAUUGGUGCAGACACUUUGGCAAGAUAUCAUAGAGAAAGAACUGAAUGAAAGCGUGGCCCUGAGCUCUUCAGACAGAAUGCACGCCCUGAGUCUGAAGAUUGUCCUCCUUGGCAAGAUGUACGCGAGCACUCCUCGCUUCUUCCCCUUAGACUUCAUUGCACAGUUCUUAGAGCAGCAAGUUUGCACUCUGAGCUGGGAUGUGGGCUUUGUAAUCCAGACAAUGAAUGAAAUUGGAGUGCCCUUACCCAGGCUGCUGGAAGUCUAUGAUCACUUGUUCAAGUCACGGGAUCCAUUCUGGAACAGAAUGAAGAAGCCAUUGCACCUUUUGGAUUGUUUACAUGUACUAUUGACCAAAUAUGUUCAGAAUCCUUGCCAGGUUUUAAAUUGUGAGAGGAGAAGAUUUACAAAUCUCUGCCUGGAUGCUAUUUGUGGUUACCUGGUUGAGCUCCAGUCCAUGAGCCCGUCAGUGGCAGUACAAGCCAUCACAGGGAACUUCAAGUCUCUUCAGGCUAAAUUAGAGCGCCUUCACUAG